AUGCAGGUGAGACGUAUUGUCUCAGAUAUAAAUUUAAUUGGAGAAAGGCUAACUGAGAUGGGUAAACGCUUCAAACAGAGGGGAUACCCUGGAGAUUUAAUUGAUAAGGAAAAAGCAGCUAUUUUAAAAAUUCACAGAGCCUCCUUGUUAAAAGAUAAAACAAAAGUUAAGAAAAUCCUUAGAAUGAUAUUUGUAAAUGAAUAUUCUCCUUGGAGUAGCCAAAUACAAAGGAUAUUGCACAAGCAUUGGCAUAUUUUGCAGAUUUCUAACCCUGAUGUAAAGGAGUUUGAAAAUCUACCUAUGGCCACUUACAGGAGGGGGAGAAAUUUGAAAGACACAUUGGUGAAGGCAGAUGUUGGCCCUAAAAAAGUAACUAGACAGAGCUUUAUUGAUAAUAGUGAAAACUGUCAAAAAUGCCUUGAAGAUCAAUGGCCAAAUGAGAAAAAGGAUAAAUGUGUUCUGAAAAUUAUAGAAUUUUUGUCCUACACAAAUGAUACUACUGCAAUUCUCUUGGCUUUUUUAUCAGUUAUUUUGGCUUUAUUAACAAUCCUUGUUUUUGGAUUUUUUGUUUGCUUUAUUGAUACUCCAAUUGUUAAAGCUAAUAACCGUAAUCUCAGCUUCCUUCUCCUUAUCUCCAUCAUGCUGAGCUACCUCUGUGUGUUUUUGUUCCUUGGCCGUCCUGUGGAUAUAACGUGUAUGCUCCGUCAGAUCUCCUUUGGAAUCAGCUUCUCAGUAGCUGUGUCUUCUUUGUUGGCCAAGACUAUCAUGGUUGGCAUUGCUUUCAAAGCUACUAAACCUGGCAGCUGCUGGAGAAAAUGGGUGACUGUCAAACUAUCAUACUCUCUAGUUAUUUGUUUGUCAUCUAUCCAAGGAUUAAUUUGUGUGGUUUGGUUGACAAUAUCUCCACCUUACCAGGAGUAUAACAUGCACUCUGAGGCUGGAAAGAUUAUCAUACAAUGUAAUGAGGGAUCUACACUUGCUUUUUACUCCGUCCUGGGAUAUAUGUUUCUUCUGGCAGCUGCAAGUUUCAUCACCGCUUUCUAUACCAGGAAAUUACCGGACAGCUUUAAUGAAACAAAGUUCAUCACCUUCAGCAUGUUGGUGUUCUGCAGUGUGUGGAUUGCCAUGAUCCCGGCAUAUCUCAGCACAAAGGGAAAACAGAUGGUGGCUGUAGAGAUAUUUGCUCUACUGGCGUCUAAUACUGGACUUCUAGGCUGUAUAUUUUUACCAAAAUGUUUUAUCAUUUUGUUAUUAUAG